AUGACGGAAGAUAAAUCCACCAGUCAAAUAUUUACCGGCGCACGGGUACUAGGUUAUGUUAGUACACAUGUACCUUUUGUUGCUAGAUUUAUAAAAAGACGAGGUGAAACUUUGCUUUGCACCAGCGUUGGAAAAUGGUUUCAUACAUAUGGUUGCGAUAAAUUUCGUCUGUUAAGCGUAAGUGGCGAACAUCCAGGACCUAUAACUUGCAUGGCUGGAGAUGGUUUUCAUAUUUACACAGCCAGUGAAAAUAAUAUUUACGCGUGGCGACGAGGAUGUGAACUAAAACAUGUUUACAGAGGCCACGAAGCUGCUGUUCAUAAAUUGCUACCUUUUGGAAUUCAUUUAAUAUCCAUAGAUAAAAAUAAUAUUCUAAAAAUAUUUGAUAUUAAGGAAGAGACAGAGUUUUUGGAAUUGAAAUUUGAAAAAUCAUUUAAAAUAUCAACAAUUUGUCACCCUCCCACUUACCUAAAUAAAAUAUUACUUGGAAGUAAAAAAGGCACACUUCAGUUAUGGAACAUUCGAACAUCAAAACUUGUUUAUACUUUUAACCGGUGGAAUUCUGCUGUAACGGUUACUGAGCCUGCUCCAGCAGUUGAUGUUGUAGCCAUUGCUCUAGAAAAUGGAAAGAUAUAUUUACACAAUAUAAAGUAUGAUGAAGUAGUAAUGGAAUUUGUUAAUGAUUGGGGUAGAGUAAGCGCUCUUUCAUUUAGAAUGGAUGGAGUACCUGUAAUGGUAACUGGUAGUGAUAAUGGACACAUUGUAACAUGGGAUUUAGAAGAAAAAGUUGUUAUAUCACAAAUACAACAAGCACACUCAGCAAAAAUUGCUGGCUUACAGUGUUUAAUGUCUGAACCACUCAUGAUUACUAAUUCUAGGGACAAUUCACUGAAAAUGUGGAUAUUCGAUAUGCCUGAUGGAGGAGCCAGACUUUUAAAGAAGAGAGAAGGACAUGCAAAACCACCUCAUUUAGUAAGAUAUUGUGAACCCACCGGGGAAAAUAUUUUGGCUGCUGGAGGAGACAGUUCAUUGCACAUAAUGAACACAGUUACUGAAACAUUUAACAAAAGUUUGGGAAAGGCCUCCAUAAAUAGAAACAAUUCAAAGAAAAAAAAAAGACUCCAAAAAGACACAAAUAUAAUAGAGCCAAUAUCACAUUUGAGUUCCUGUAUGCAGAGAGAUAAACAGUGGGACAGUAUUGCUUCCUUGCAUCAACAUAUGAAAACGGCAACAACAUGGUCAUACAACAAACUUUGUAUGGGCAAACAUAAGUUAAAACCUCCAGUCUUUGAGAAAAAGGUUAAAGCUACAUGUAUUACAGUCACACAUUGUGGAAACUUUGCUUUAAUAGGUUACAGCAAUGGUCAAGUACACAAAUUUAAUAUGCAAUCAGGAUUGUACAGAGGCCACUAUGGAAAUGAUAAGUUACAGGCACACAAGGGUGCUGUGAGAGGUGUGGAGACGGAUCUUUGCAAUCAGAGAACAAUGACAGUUGGAGCUGAUGAGAAAUUGAAGUUUUGGCGUUUUAAGUCUGAGACAAAUCCAUACCAUGUCAUGAGAUUGGAUAGUGCUGUAGCAAUGACAAAAUGCCACAGGGAAAGUGGUUUACUGGCGUUAGCACAUGAAGACUUUACAAUAACUCUUGUAGAUAUUGAUACUAUGAAUAUUGUCAGAACAUUUGAGGGUCAUACUGGAAAAAUAAAUGAUAUUGAUUUUGAUUCUCAGAGCAGAUGGCUUAUAAGUACAUCAAUGGACUGUACAAUUUGCACUUGGGAUAUUCCCAGUGCACAGUUAGUGGAUAUAUUUUCAGUAGAAGAGCCGUGUACAUCUUUAAGCAUGUCCCCGACGAAUGAUUACUUGGCGACCAGUCACGUGGGAGAAUUAGGCGUUUUUCUUUGGGCCAAUAAACUAUUAUACGAGAGGAUUUUCCUCAAACCGGUUGAUAGGAAGGCUGCUAUUGUACCUAAACUGAAAUUACCAACGACGGUGUCUGAAAAGCCAGACCUAGAAGAUUUAGGAACAAUAGACUUAGGCGAGCCCGAAUAUAAGUCGCCGGAACAAAUCAGCGAAGAACUCUUAACCCUUUCGGGUCAAUCAACAUCGCGCUGGCUUAACUUACUCAACUUAGAUAUUGUUAAGAAGAGAAAUAAAGCGAAAGUGGUACAAGUGCCAAAAUCAGCACCGUUCUUCCUUCCAACUAUACCUAGUUUAGAAAUGGCAUUUGAUAUCGGAAAAGACGAGAAUACCAAACUCCUUAUACCGGAUUCGUUAUCAACUUUAACGCCAUUUGCAAAGAAAUUAGAUGCCUGCGAAAGUGAAGAUGAUUUUGAAGUUUGUAUCAUGAAGUUAAAAGAGAUGUCGCCAGCUGCUAUCGAAGCGGAAGUGUCAAAUAUGGCGCCGGAUGUGGGAGGGUCUUUUGAUGUUAUGAAACAGUUUGUUCUGUUACUCAAUAGUAUGAUUAAGAGUAAUAAAGAUUUUGAAUUGGCGCAGGCCUAUUUGGGUCUGUUUUUGAAAAUGCACACGAAAAUUAUAUCGCAGAAUGCGGAGUUAAAAAGUGCAUUGCAGGCUGUGGAGGAGGCGAACGCGGCGUCAUGGUCUCGUUUGCAAAACAGUCUGUUGUAUAGUAUAUGUAUUGUUAAAGCAUUAAAGGAUAUGUGA